AGAGAUGAAGAAUUUUUUGGUGUUUGUAUUCACCCUAACAGUUUUGUGGCAGAAUUUUCACGUGUCUUUGGCGGAUUGGCAGCAUCCUCACUACAGCUACAGAUGUUUGGAGAACAGGGGCGUUGAAUUUUUUGGAAUGCAUAGUAUAAGCGGCAUGGAGGUGGAAGGGAAACCUUGUAGUACAACUAGAGGAAAACAUAAUGUUCUCUACUAUUUCAUCCCAUAUACCUGUAUGAAUGAAACAGAUGAUGGGCAUACCGCAACAAUAACUGUUUACGACAGAGAAUUUGAUGGCACUAAUAUACCUACACCUACAGUAAAGUCUUUUACGACUUACAGUCCUUCCAUAUUUCAAGGAGGACUCGGUCUGCAUAAAUUUGUCAUCAUGUGUCACAAUAUUCGUGAUAGAGGAAUAAAUAAAACAGUCGCCCAUGUUUUUCAAGAAAAGGACUUCAACGAACUUUCAAAAAGCUACAAAGAAGUCGGGUCCGUUGAGAUGCGUUUUAAAGCAGUCAAUGAUUCCGCCGCUCCCGAUAUCAACACUGUCUACACUGGAGAUGAAUUCUACAUGUUCAUCAAAUACAUGGGAGAGCAGGAUUAUUCUGUAAUUCCUGAAAAGUGUACAGCAUUUGGGGAAGCAUGGACUUCAAAAGAACUUCAAACAGACCAAAAAAAUUCGAUGGAGUUGUGGAAUAUCCACAAAUAUACGUACAUUGAUCAAAGCUGUGCCACACACGUAGAUCUCUUAGAGGGAUUUUACAGGUACAAUAAAACCCUCAUUUAUGCAAAGAUGUUCGGGUUUCGAUUUGCAAGAAAAGACAAGGGUUUUAUUACUAUUGCAUGCCAGGUGAAGAUUUAUAAUAGCAUCACCUCCAGUGGAAAUAAAAAUUUGUGUAUGAGAACUCCAACAGUUCGCAAAAAGCGGCACAUUGAAAAUGCACCAUUCCAAACCAGAACUCUGACCAAGAAACUUCAGGUCUUCGACAAUAAGGGUGUACAUGAAAAUAACAGCCAGAGAAUCAAAUGGGACACUUUUCUGUGGAUGACGAUUUUUGCAGCAGUUACUCAGUAUCCCUGAGAGACAGAUCUAUUCCUAAUUAUAACGCUCUGAUUUUACUUUCAAAUUUUGUUUACUUACAUACUCGUAUAUGUAUAUUUCAGUUAUGUGUAUUCAAUAUAAAAAUUAAAA